AUGUUCAAUGCUGAUGUACUUCAUAUUCUACCUGUUCAUAUCAAAUCACAACAUCGGUGCCAGAAAGACUCAGGACGUGACAUUGAAGCAGGAAUUACCAUAGAUGAUCGUCUUCAUAUACGAAUAGCUGAAUGGAAUCAUUAUUUAAAACUUUCGCAGAGUACGAAGAAAACAAAACGACUGCCGAACAUCAUUGGAAUAGGAGUCAAGAAAUGUGGAACAGAAGCUAUGAUAACAUUUAUUCGACAACAUCCAUUUAUUAAAACGCCCAAUUACAUAGAAACGUUCUUCUUUAACGAAAAAUAUGAUAAAGGACUGGAUUAUUACAAAAGCCAAAUGCCUAUUGCGUGUUGCCUAGCCCAUGCAUAUUUUGAUUCUCCUCCGGAAUCACUCCCAGAAAUAAUCAAAAAGGAUGUUCCAAAUGCCAAAUUGAUAUUAGUACUGUGCGAUCCAGUAAAAAGAAGUUACUCAGAUUUUAUUCACGAGAAAAUAAAACUUCCCAAUUUAUCAACGGUGACUCAAUACAAUUCAUUUGAUGAUUAUUUGGAUGUAUACAUCGAAAGAGUGAAGACAUCUUUGGACAAAAAUAACAAUAUAACUUUAAAAAACGUCAUGUCAAGUUACAAAAAUGAUUAUGCAACAACUCUUUUAACAACGGGACUAUAUUCAAUUCACUUUCCUCGAUGGAUAAAUACAUUCAACUCAUCUAAUUUGCUCACUUUGAACGGAUAUAAUUCGUUUACCAGACUCUGGGUCAGGACUUGUAUUGGUGAUCAUUCAACCAUGCGAUGACGUCAUAUUCUUAAAUGGUGUGAUAUUAAACUAAGAAAGAAGUGCGUACGCAGAAUCUGGUCUAGGGGCAUAUACAAAAUUUAUAGUUUCUGGCCGUAUAUUUUUAUGUUUUUGUAGCUUUUAGAUAUUUCACAAAAAGGGACAAUCUAAUGUGACACAAAAUUAUAUUCGUUGAAAUUCCUUAUGACGUAAUAGGGAAUUUUAUGUUC